CACAGUGUAGAUAUCCGAUCCGCAAGCUUUACGUAACUCCGUCAUUGCCGCAUCUCACAAACCUCCCUCUUAAACCCAACCCUAGCGGCCCGAAAGACAUACCGAACUAAUUCUUCUCGGCGUUGACCACACAAGUAGUAGACAUCUUCACAGCACUCGCCUCAAAUUCGUGACGACAGGCGGCUGCAGCUCACGAAUAUCUGAAGCAGGCCAAAACACCCAAGCAGCUUUCGCAAAGAAGACGCCCCGUCCCGCAGCCGGACCUGCGCGGGUCCCGUCCAUGCCGCCCUCUCCCCAGGCCGCAACCUCCGCCCGGCCCCCGUCUCCCUCUUCGUCCGCUCCCUCGUCGACCAACAGGCGACGCCGGGUUGACUCGGACCCCGACCCGACCCGCCCUCAUUUCGCAUCCGGCAACGAAGGCUCCGCCACUGCCCGACCCGACUCCAAGCGCCCGCGCUCCGAGCACUACAUCUCACCUACCACAACCAUCGCAACGCCAACAACAACAUCGACAAUGUCGGCCAAAGUGCAGGGCAAGCGCCCGGAGAUCAUCGACCUCACCGGUCCCGGUAGCAACAGCGGAGCCAGCCCAGCCCCUCAGCGCCACCACCACCAUACCCAGUCCUCCUACAGCUACCAGCAUCACCACCCGCAACAACAACGGCCGGCCACCGUCCUCCAACCACACCUGGGCUCGCGCAAGCUCAUCGUUAAGAACCUCCGCCCUUUUCCUACCACCACUACCACCACCACUGCUGCCUCCGCAUCCACUAGUGCGUCAUCGCCGACAGCAUCAAUAACCGCCUACUACCAACGGGUAUACACCGAACUGGACGAGGCGCUGUCCGCCAUCUUCGCCGGCAAGACGCCCGCCCAGCCCAUGGAGCGGCUGUACCGCGGCGUCGAGGACAUCGUGCGGAAGGGCGAGGCGCAGGAGCUGACGGAGCGGUUGCGGGCGCGGUGCGAUGCGUGGCUCAAUGGCCGGGAGAUGCUGCGCGGGCUGUGGGAGAAGUAUGCCGCUGCUGUGCAGCAUGCGGAAACUGGUGGUAAGAAUGAUGAUGAUGACGGGCGCGGUGGUGGUUCCUACGGUUGGGAAAGCAGCGCUGACAGGCCCGGGGAUGUGUUGCUGAGGGAAGUGGUCGGGAGGUGGAGGCGGUGGAACGAGGUUGUUUUUGUUGUGCGGGGGCUGUACAGCUAUCUGGAUCGGGCGUACUUGAGGAUGCUGCCGAGCGAGGGCGGGAGGGGGAAGCAGGGGAUCAAUGAGAUGGGGAUCGAGCUGUUCAAGAAGGCGGUCUUUGGGUCGGUCAAGGGAGGGGCCGUCUCGCCGCAGGGGAAGGCCGUGUUGGAAGGCGUGUGUCGGUUGGUGGACUACGACCGGCGCAUCGAUGAGCGACGGGACGACGCGUUGCUGAAGGAUGCGAUUGCGAUGCUGAGGCUGUGUGGGGUCUACGGCAAGGCGUUUGAGCCCAUGUUUCUGGACAGGUCGCAUUGGGCGUUCGAGCGUGAGGCGAGCGAGGCGAGCGCCGGGUCGGAGCUGAAGGGUUACAUCGGCUAUGUGCGAGCGUUGCUGGAACAGGAGGGCGCGAGGUGCGACGGGUUCAACUUUGAAAGCACCACCAAGCGACAGCUCCUGGAAGAUGCCCACCGCGUCCUCAUCGAGGAGUACUCGGAGAAGUUACUCGACAGCGGCAGCGUCGCGAGGCUGCUUGAAGCGCAUGACGUCGAAUCAAUGACGGCCCUGUACGAGCUGUUGAAGCUAUCUGGCCUGCAGAAACGCCUGAAAGGGCCCUGGGAGCAGUACAUUCGCCAGACGGGCGUCGCCGUCGUUAGCGAUACCUCGCGGGGCGAUGAUAUGGUCAUCCGCCUGCUGGAAUUGCGGCGAUCCCUGGACAUCAUGAUCCGCGACGCCUUCUCCAAGGAUGAUGUCUUCUCCUAUGCCCUGAGGGAGUCGUUCGGCCAUUUUAUCAAUGACAAAAAGAGCGCGUCCACAUGGAACACAGGCACGUCCAAGGUUGGCGAGAUGAUCGCAAAGUACAUCGACAUGCUCCUCCGCGGGGGUCUCAAGUCACUUCCAGCGUCGCUGUUAUCCGAUGGCAAGGAUAGAGCCGAGGCCGAAAGGAGCGGCAUGGCGAGCACUGCCGAUGAAGAUGCGGAGCUAGAUCGGCAAUUAGACAACGGGCUCGAGCUGUUCCGCUUCAUCGAAGGCAAGGAUAUCUUUGAGGCCUUCUACAAGAAGGACCUGGCGCGGCGGCUGCUCCUGGGCCGGAGCGCGAGCCAAGACGCCGAGCGGAGCAUGCUCUCGAAACUCAAGGUUGAGUGCGGAUCUAGUUUUACGCAUAACCUGGAGCAGAUGUUUAAGGACCAGGAGCUGGCCAAGGAGGAAAUGGCCUCGUACAAGGAGUGGCUGGCCGGCACCGGGCAGAACACCAGCAGCGUCGAGCUGACGGUGAAUAUCCUCUCCGCGGCCGCGUGGCCGACCUUCCCCGACGUGAAGGUGCUGCUCCCGAAGGAGGUGGCGGAGCAGAUCAACACCUUCACCAGGUAUUACAAGACCAAACACACCGGCCGGCGGCUGACCUGGAAGCACAACAUGGCGCACUGCGUCAUCAAAGCGCAGUUCAACCGCGGGCCGAAAGAGCUCCUCGUCAGCGCCGCCCAAGCAGCAGUCCUUGUGCUCUUCAACGAGGUCGACGACGACACCGACGGAACUAGCAUGGCCGGCGUCCUCGCGUACGAGCAGAUCUCCCACUCGACCGGCCUGCAGGGCGCCGAGCUCGACCGCACGCUCCAGUCGCUCGCCUGCGGCAAGGCCCGCGUGCUGACCAAGUACCCGCGGGGCAAGGAAGUCAACCCGACCGACACCUUCACGGUCAACAAGGCCUUCACGGACCCCAAGUUCCGCGUCAAGAUCAACCAGGUGCAGCUGAAGGAGACCAAGGAGGAGAACCGCGAGACGCACCAGCGCGUCGCCGCCGACCGCCAGUUCGAGACCCAGGCCGCCAUCGUGCGCAUCAUGAAGAGCCGCAAGAAGCUGACCGAGCCGCAACUGGUCGCCGAGGUCAUCAACCAGACCAAGAGCAGGGGCGCCAUGGACCCGGCGGAUAUCAAGGCCAAUAUCGAGAAGUUAAUUGACAAGGAUUACCUUGACCGCGAGGGGACGGUAUUGACCUACUUGGCCUAGAUGUUUUAUUACGUACCUGGCUCCAUGGACACCGGAGACGAUGGCUUUGCCCCUUCCGAUGUUGGGAAUGGUGAUGCCGUUGCGGGUGUUAUGGACGGGAAAUGUGUGGUUUACCCCAAGGUACCCAGGUUAUUACCUACCUUACCUACAGUAUACGACGGGAUACGGCGCGGCAUGAAUGCAUUGCAUUGUACGGUGUAUGCUAUAUAUCAUCUGUGAUAGACAGCUAGAAAGCUGGCUUCGUUGGCUCACGCUCACUGAUGGUCUAAUACAUCAUGAUACAUAAAUG